CAUUUUUCACCAAUAUAUCAUAAAAAGCAAUCUAGAUGAAAGAAAUAAUUUCUUUGCAUAUAGGAUAAGCAGGAAUCCAAUUAGGAAAUAAUUGUUGGGAAUUAUUUGGUCUAGAACAUGGGAUUUAACUGGAUGGUUAUAUGACAUAAGAUAAGACAUUGAGAAUUAACGAUGAUGCAUUUCAGAAUUUCUUUUCAGAAACUGGAAAUAACAAACACGUCCCAAGAUCUUUAUUUAUUGAUUUAGAUAAGAAUAGUAUUGAUGAAUUGAGAAGAAGCCAAUUUAGAGAAUUAUUUGGACCUUAAUAAAUGAUUUCAGGAAAAGAUGAUGCUGGAGGCAUUUAUGCAAGAGGCUACUAUGGAAUAGGUAAAAAUAUCAUAGAUGCCUGUAUGGAUCGAAUUAGAUAGUUAACUGAAGAUUGCAUGGGUCUUUAGGGAUUUAUAAUAUUUCAUUCUGUUGGUGGAGGUACUGGCUCUGGAUUUGCAUCUUUAUUAUUGGAAGCAAUACACGAAGAAUAUGGUAAGAAAUCAAAGAUUGGUUUUGCCAUUUUUCCAUCUCCUAAAAUUUCAUCUUCUAUUGUUGAACCUUACAAUACCGUAUUGUGUGAAAGUGCAUUAAUUGAUCAUAACGAUGUUUGUAUAUUAUUCGAUAAUGAGGCCAUAUAUGAUAUUUGCAAUAGACAUUUGGAGAUAGAAAGGUGUUCUUAUACAAAUUUAAAUAGAAUUAUAGCUUAGGUAUGUUCAUCUUUAACACUUUCAUUAAGAUUUGAUGGAUAGCUGAAUUCAUAGUUGGAUGAUUUUCAAACAAAUUUAGUUCCUUAUCCUAAAAUUCAUUUUAUGCUAUCAUCAUAUGCACCAAUUGUUGCAGCAUAAAAAGUAUAUCAUGAACAACUAACUAUUUCUGAAAUCACUACUUCUCUUUUUGAAUCUUAAAGCAUGAUGGUUAAAUGUGAUCCGAAUCAUGGUAAAUAUAUGGCAAGUUCAUUGUAUUAUAGAGGAGACAUAAUACCAAAGGAUGUUAGUGCUGCACUUGCAUAAAUAAGGUCAAAUAAAACAGUCUAAUUUGUUGAUUGGUGUCCGACAGGAUUUAAAUUAGGUAUUAAUUAUUAACCUCCUGUUUUUGUUAAUGGAGGAGAUUUGGCCAAAGUAACAAGAUCAGCAUGUAUGAUCUCGAAUACAACUGCAAUAGCAGAAGUUUUUGCAAAAAUAGAUUAUAAGUUUGAUCUCAUGUAUUCCAAAAAGGCGUUCAUUCAUUGGUACAUAUAGGAGGGAAUGGAAGAGGGAGAGUUCAUUGAAGCAAGAGAAAAUAUUUCAGCCCUUGAGAAGGAUUAUUCUUUUUCGAUUGAAGCAGCUGAAGGAGAUGGAGAGAACUAUGAAGGAUGAUAUAUUAUCAUUAAAUCUUAUGAUA